AUGAAGUUAUGUUAUUCAUUCUAAGGUAAAAUAGGUUGCACUUAACCCCGUAGAGUAGCUGCAAUGUCUGUAGCUUCAAGGGUAUCAUAAGAAAUGGGAACAAAAUUAGGAAACGAUGUAGGAUAUUCGAUUCGUUUUGAAGAUUGUACAAGUGAAAAAACUAUAAUAAAAUAUAUGACUGAUGGUAUGCUUUUAAGAGAGUUUAUGAUGGAGCCAGACUUGAAGACUUAUUCUGUAAUGAUUAUUGACGAGGCACAUGAACGUACUUUACAUACAGAUAUUUUAUUUGCUUUGGUAAAAGAUUUAACAAGGGCAAGGGAUGAUUUUAAAUUAAUUAUUUCUUCUGCAACAUUAGAUGCUAAGAAAUUUUCUGAAUAUUUUGAUAAUGCUCCUAUUAUUAAAAUUCCAGGAAGAAGAUUUUAAGUAGAUAUUUAUUAUACUAAAUAGCCUGAAUCUGAUUAUAUUUAAGCUGCUAUUGUUACUGUUUUAUAAAUUCAUGUUACUUAAUCAGCUGGAGAUAUCCUUGUAUUUUUCACAGGACAAGAAGAAAUUGAAACUGCGGAAGAAAUGCUCAUGAAUCGAAAAAGAGGGCUAGGAAAUAAAAUUGGAGAAUUAAUUAUUUGUCCAAUUUAUUCAUCUCUUCCUUCUGAUAUGUAGGCAAAAAUAUUCGAAAAGACUCCUUAAGGUUCUCGAAAAGUAGUUUUAUCAACAAACAUAGCAGAAACAUCAGUAACAAUAGACAAUAUAAUAUAUGUAAUAGAUACAGGUUUUGCAAAAUAAACAUCAUACAAUCCACGAACAGGAAUGGAAUCGUUGAUAGUAACUCCAAUAUCAAAAGCUUCUGCAGAUUAAAGAGCAGGAAGAGCUGGUAGGGUUGCUGCAGGGAAAUGUUUUAGAAUGUAUACUAAAUGGAGUUUUUUAAAUGAAUUGGAUGAAAACGGAAUUCCAGAAAUAUAAAGGACAAAUUUAGGUAGUGUAAUUUUAAUGCUUAAAAGUAUGGGAAUUAACAACUUGGUCAAUUUUGAUUUCAUGGAUCCUCCUCCAGCAGAAAUGAUAAUGAAAUCUUUAGAAUAAUUAUAUGCUUUAGGGGCUCUUAAUGAUGAAGGAGAUCUUACUAAAUUAGGAAGGAGAAUGGCUGAAUUUCCUCUGGAUCCUCUUUUGAGUAAAAUGUUAGUUUAGGCAGAACAUUAUAAAUGUAUUGAUUAAAUUAUUACUAUUUGUGCUAUGUUAUCAGUUGGAAAUACUAUCUUUUAUAGACCAGCUGAUAAAGAGAAAAAAAUUCAUGCUGAUAAUUGCAAAAAAAGCUUCUAUAGACCUGGAGGUGAUCAUCUAGCACUACUUAAUUGUUUUAAUCAAUGGUAAGAUACUUCUUUUUCGUAAUAAUGGUGCUUUGAAAAUUUCAUAUAAUUUAGAUCUAUGAAAAGAGCAAGAGAUAUUCGUGAAUAACUUAUUGGAUUAUGUGAAAGAGUUGAAAUGGAUGUUUCAGAUGAAAAUUUAAGCAUUUAUGAAGAUGAAAUGAAUACUAACAUCUGUAAGUGUAUAGCAAGUGGAUUCUUUUAUAAUGCAGCUAAGUGUAACUUUAAUGGAGUUUAUAAAACGUUAAAAAAUGGUCAUACUAUACAAAUUCAUCCUAGUUCUUUAUUAUUUGAAGAAAACCCUGAAUGGAUUGUUUAUCAUGAGUUAGUAUUUACAUCAAAAGAAUAUGUUAGAAAUGUAUGUGAAAUUAAAGGAGAAUGGCUUCUGGAUAUUGCUCCUCAUUUGUAUAAAGAAAAAGAUAUUCUAGGAGAUAAAAAAAAAUUACCUAAAAAUACAGGGACAACAGAAAUGAGAGUUUGA